AUGCCAGACACUACCUCAACAGGAAACUCCCCCGACGCGCGCAGACUAUCCGGAGCACCCUCUUCCCAACCCCAGAUCUCGUUAACGUUCCCGAAUUUGCCAACUCAAACGCAAAACACCCAAACGGAACCGGCAAACACCCUUCUUGCGGCAAACGCCCUUCCCAGCGCAAACCCCCGGGACCUGGACCUGUCGCUGGCAGAAGACGUCCGCACAUAUCUCGCCAAAACCCCGUUCGCCAGCACCGAGGUGCGGGCGCUGUCUGGGGGCACGGCGAAUUAUGUGUUUCGGCUGCGAUUGGAGGUGCCGUAUAAGGGCAAGGAGACGCUCGUGUUCAAGCAUGCGAAGCCGUAUGUGAAGGAUUACCAUGCGCUUGCGUUUGGGCUUGAGAGGCAGAUCUACGAAGUCGAGGCGUUGCGUCGCGUACGCGCCUGGGCGCCCGUUGAUUCGGUCGUGACAGUACCUGAGGUGUACCUCUUCGACCAAGGUGUCCACGCAAUCGUCAUGGACGACACUGGUGCCGACUCGGUGGCGCUGAAGGACUUCAUGAAGCAAGGGAGGCCAUCCUUGGAGAUGGCGCAGCAGAUUGGGGCUGCUCUGGGGGCGUUCCUUGGAGGGAUGCAUCGGUGGGGUAAGGGAAACCAGGAGUUGUGUGGAUCGGUGAAGGGAAACGCGCAAGCGAAGGCGAUGAGCGCGUGGGCAUUCUACGGGAGGCUCAAGGAUACACUGACGGGCAUUGCGAGUGAUGUUCCGAAGCUUUCUGACCCGCCGUUGGAGGUAAACGAAGAUGACUUGAAGGUGAUCGAUGCGUUGGUUGCAGAAACCACGAGCACAAUCAUGGGCGUGGAAGAUUCAUUCGUCAUGGGUGACUUCUGGCCAGGAAACCUGAUGGUCGCGCUGGACGAGGGCGGCAACCUGAAGCACAUCUACAUUCUUGACUGGGAGCUCACAAAGACCGGGUUGACAGGGAUCGAUGUUGGGCAAUUCUGUGCCGAGAUACACCUUCUGAGGCGAUUCCAUCCAGACGUGUGCACAGAGACGGCUUCACUUGUGCUGCAGAAUUUCUUUAGAGAGUACAAGCAGCAUGGUGAGCCCGAAGUCGAGGACGCGAGGAGGGCUGUGGUCCAGUGGGGCACGCAUCUCGUCGUCCUUGCUGGCAGAGUCGAAUGGGGAGCAAAGGAGCUUACGCGAGAGGUUGUGCUGGAGGGCGUGCAGAUGCUGGUCGACGGGUACAAAGCAGAGAGAGAGGGACUGCGGAGGUCGCUGGUCGGCGAGAUGUUGUAG